GAUUCGCGUGCGAUGCAUACAUGCACGUACGUAAGAAUUCUUGUAAAUAAUCCGUAAACGGAAUUUUCUCUCAAGGUAGGUGAGUAGGGACUCGUCACAGUCACUGGACAGGUAUUUGAGACACGAGUUAGGUAGGUAGUGCAUAAUAAUAAUUUAUUAUAAACGGUAAAUCUCGCAACGUCUGUACGUGUGCGAACAAACCGACAAAACGUCGGCACUGAAUCUUUUGCUUCUUAUCAAUUUAUCGUGCGGCCUUAUCACAUACGAUACACUUUUGAAAAAAGUCGCAGUAGUGUAUGUUUUGAUUUUUGGAUCAGAGUAUACGGUUGGCAAAGUCGAAAUAAAUCGCACACGGUUAUCGCCGCGGCCGGCCGUGGAAAGAGUCCGAUGUAGGACGUCGACGAAUUUUCACCGUUCUCGUUCACGAUUCGACGGCCUAAAAUAAUAUUAUGGCACUCUACGACAGCAAACAUUGGCUUCUCUCUCACAUCAGAAACUCGUUCAUAUCGUCAGAUGACACAGGGAUUAGCGAGGUGGUUAUGGGUGGAGAAAAUGUACUUCAAACAAUAUCCACAUCAAAAUAUGACAUAUACCCAGGAAUUGAAGAUAAUGAAGAAGAAGAAGAAUUGGCAGAAUCACUUGAUAUUCAUACUGAAUUUGGAGUUCGACGACAGCGAUCUCAUACAUCAGUUCAAUUAGAACGUCUGCAAAGAAAUAUGAUAAAAUCUGCUAAUGUACGCCAUGUAAAAUGGGAAAUAACACCUGUUUCCCUUACAGAUGAAGAAAAGGCUGAAUUAUUUCCUAAAAAAGACAUCAGUCACCAAAAAAAGAAUUAUGUUUCUGAAUUAUCUAAAUUAUUGAAAGCUUGCCCAUAUCUACCACUCAAUCCAUUUCGUGAAUAUUCUAAAUAUGAUGGAAAUGCCCAGCUAGGUGAAGCCACUCGAAAAUAUGGCAUAUUUAUAACUAUGCUUAAUUUAGAACGUCGUAACUAUCCUAUGCAAGUAUCAAUUAUAGCCACUGCAAAAGUACAUGAUCUAAUUGGAUUAGUUUGCUGGAAAUGUACUAUUGAAUAUCCAGAUUGCACUUUAAAAGAUAGUGUUGAUUGUUAUGCUCUAUACAUAGCAGAAGAUGAUGGUGAAGUUGAUUUUGAUUUUCCAUGCUUAGACUCUCGAGAGACUGUUGCUAAAUUUGGAUUUGGGUUUUUAGCUAUUGUUGAACGUGACAGUAAAUUAGCACCAGCUACUUCAAAUCAUUCCCCUACAUCACAGGAAGGAAAUUCUGUCUUAUGUGAAAAUGUAAAUACUAAAGCUCAACAACAACUAGAAGGAGAAUUAAAUAAACUUCUUGCUAUUGAAGCACCUUUAUACCAAUUAUAUCAUGUGAAUAUUUUGAAUAAAGUUAGAGCAAAAAUAGAAAUACAUUUAGGUAUAUCUGGACAAAAAAUAGAAUUAGAUCCAGUUGUAAAGCAAAGAUCUAGCUCUAAAUUUCCAUGGACAAAACAAAAGCCAGCUACAUAUGACAUGGAUUGUGUGGUAGCAUGUGAUCUUACAGAAACAAAAUCCAACAAUCGUGCCGUCUUAAGACUUGUGUAUGAUAGUACAGCAUUAAGCUCUAGUAUUGGAGAUAGUGCCCCUAGUCAACAAGGGACUGCUGUAUGGAGUAACUUCAAACACCAUGAUUUUGAAGCUGAACAAAAAAUAGCUGAAGAAAUCGUACAAAAAAUCAAUAACAUUUUAGAACUCAGAUGUAGUGUAAGAAGACAGGAAUAUAUCUCAUUACGUGAACGUAAGUCACAUCGCAGAAGAAGCUUUCAUCUUGGUCCAAGAUAAAGUCAGUAACGUAUUUUUUUAAAGAUACUUUUAUUGGGUAUCAUGUGUUAUGUUUUAAGAAUUGUUGUUUUGGCACUGAAAAGUUAUUAAUGAAUACGAGAUAAUUUUUUUAAAAAAAAUGUAUUAUUGUAAUUAAUUUUUUUAUUUUAUAAAAUCAUAUAUUUUUAUAUGAAAGUAGUAAAUACUCUCUUGCAAUUCCUGUGACAUUUAUUAUAAUUGUAAUUACAUUUUAAGAGUUAUUUAUAAAUUGACAGAUAAUUAAUAAUUCCAAAAUUAUUGUACAUAUUAGAACUAUCAUUGUCAAUAUUCAUAUGAUUGAAAUUAUAAACCAUGUUUAUUGUAAAAACAUAAACAUCAAUAAUAUAAAUAAAAUCUAGAUAAAUGUUUACAAAUUAAA